AUGAUCGAUCUUAUUGCUGCUUAUCUUGUUCUUAUUGUUAUUAUAUUAUUAUUCAUUAUUAUUUUUUUAACUUUUUAUAUUAUUUAUGAACAUCGAAAGAAAAUUAUUAUUCCAUUAAAUAAAGAUAAUAUAGUUUUACCAUUACUGACUUUAAAAACUAAUAAACAAUCUAAUAGUAAUCAUUCAAAUUCAGCAAUAUUCUCAUCUAUACCUAAUAAACGAACAAUGAAACGAAUUCGACAUCGACCACCAACAUUAUUUAUUCGUACACAAAAUUCACAAGGUUUUCUUCUAUCAAAUGGUGAUCUAUCAUCAUCUCUGUCUAUUCAUAAUAAGAAAUUAACUCAACAGAAUAUAAAUUCUACAAUCGAUCAGACAACUAUUCAUUUUGAUAGUUAG